CCAGCGCUCGCGUUCACUUGUUGCCCUCCCGUUACCCCCCUCCCACCCGCUCUUUUGGAUCGCGGUAACCGUUACGCCUCCCUUGUUGCAUUUUCUGAUUAAUCUGAAUAACUCUAAGAGGUGUUGAAACUUUUUUUUUUUUUUUUUUUCUUGGUGGAAUGUUGGUAUUUGUUGCUGUGUCGUGACUUGCUUAUGUGGUUAUAGCGAGAGUUUUAUGGUUGUUUUUGUAUAAAAAAGAUCAAUGGAGUAAACAAACAAAAGAAGCAGAUUUCAACCAAAAUGGAUGACAUAAGCUUCGCAGCACAAUGUCUCGUACAACUAUCCAACAGCAGGUGCCAUUUCCCAAUAGCCCUCGACUUAUCACACAAAGAAAAGUCAAAGGAGAUCACCAAAAAAGCCGAAAAUAGCGAGGAAACUUUAAAAGAUUCAUCGUACAUGGUGAAACGAAUACUGACAGAUUUAAAGCGGAUCGAACAGGAGCCGGUACCAGAAACCCUUUCGGAUACGGAGAACCACGUUGACUCCAGACAGUACGAUGAAAAACACAAGAAAGAGAAGACGGACACGAAGAAGUGUGCGAAGAAGACGACAAGUAAGAAGAUAUCGGUGAUGGCUCUGCACAUAAACCGGAGCAAAGUGGAGAAGAAGCUGAACGGGCGGUUUAAUUCCAAAAAAGUUUCAUCGAAAGUAGCGCGUAAUCAGGAACGGGGGAAGAGACACGCCAAUGGGGUGCCAGUGCGGAAAAUUCAUAAGUGUACGUACGACGGAUGUUAUAAGGCUUAUGGGAAGAGUAGUCAUUUGAAAGCGCAUCUGAGGACACAUACCGGCGAAAAGCCGUUUCCAUGCGAAUGGAAGGGGUGCGGAAAAAAGUUCGCACGGUCCGACGAGUUGGCGAGACACACGCGCACGCACACGGGUGAAAAAAACUUCGCAUGUCCCGUGUGCAAUAAAAAGUUUAUGAGGAGCGACCAUUUGACCAAACACGCACGAAGACAUCCAGACUUCGACGCGUCAGUUCUGCGACAACGGAGGCCCCCCAACAGGACUUUCUCCAUAAACUCGAGCGAAGGGACCCCCUCAGAAGUGCUGUCAGACUCCGUUCCGAGUCCUUAAGCCCACCCGAUGAUAUAUAUAUUAUUUCUCGUACAUGUUGUGUAUAUAGGACAAAAUAUAUUGUAUACUGCUUCUGUUA